AUGCCUCAAAGCUCGGAUCUUACGAAUCCGCUCCUCCACCCGCUUCUUUUCCUCUAUCAGUUGCUGCAAUGGUUCAUCAAUAAAGCUCUUGCUCCGUAUCCCCCUCGGGAAAUCGACCAAUUGACGCGCCCAAAGAUUGCCAUUAUCGGUGCUGGGUUGACGGGCGUUUCGGCGGCGGCUCAUUGCGUUGGCCAUGGCUUUGACGUGACGAUUUUCGAGGCCGGGUCGAGGGAUCGACUCGGUGGUAUUUGGAGCAGAGUCAAUGACACGUCUGGCCUGCAAAUCCACUCCCUCAUGUACCGCUUCCAUCCCUCCGUCAAAUGGGAGGGCGGCUACCCCAAUCGCAAGCAAAUCGUCGACCAAAUCGAGCAAGUCUGGAAAGCCUACCACUUGGACAAGAAGACAAAAUUCGGCGUCAAAGUCAAGGGCCUCAAGCAGGACGACAAAGGCCGUUGGCUUGUCAACAACGACCCUUCCCUUGGACACUUUGAUGGCCUCAUUGCGGCGAUUGGGACUUGUGGUGAUGCCAAGAUGCCGCAUAUCCCCGGCAUGGAGAAAUUCAAAGGAGAGAUUUACCACUCUAGUGAUUUGACCGGGAAAGACGCCAAGGACAAGCACAUCGCCAUCAUCGGAGGAGGCGCUUCAGCCGUAGAAGCCCUGGAAUUCGCCUUUGCCGCCGGAGCAUCCAAAGUGUCCAUCCUCUCUCGAUCAGACAAAUGGAUCAUCCCACGAAACAUGAUUGUAGACACGCUCCUCAGCCUCAACGUCUUUGGCCAAGAGACUCUCUUUUCCUUCAUCCCCGAGUUUCUCCUCCGCAAGUUCUUUUACCGAGAUCUCCAAGAUCUGGCUCCUACUCACGAUAAAGGCAUCUUCAUGGGUACUCCCAUGGUCAACUCCGACGUCAUGGACAAACUGCGUCAAGGCAAAGCUGAAUGGGUCCGCGGCGAUAUUCUCGGCUUCACCAGCCGCGGAGUCACCGUCAACCGUCGUUCUCGCGGUGUUCCCAAAGACGGCCCCGGCCACGAACAGCUCAUCAAGGCCGACAUCGUCGUCAUGGCCACGGGCUUCAAGAGACCAUCGCUGGCGAUCCUCCCUGACGAAUGCUUCGACGAGCCGUACGGCCCGCCAAACUGGUAUCUGCAGACAUUCCCCCCCGCGCAUCCGUCCAUCUCAGCCAUCAACUCGACCUUUGUCGAAGCCAUUGGCACCGUUGGUAACUGGCACAUUGGCAUCUACACGCGUAUUCUUCUCAUGUUCCUGCUGGACCCCCUGACGCGGCCGAGUCGGUGGUGGAUGGAGCGCUGGAUCGACAUGACGCGCACGCUCAAGAAGUUUAGCCCGACGGGGGCGUUCGACUUUUUCACGUAUCUGGAGCUCGUCUGGUGGUUUGUGUUUUGCGUGGCGUUUAACCCGUUCCGCUGGAAGUGGGCGCUGUUUGUGUUUACGGGGCUGGGGAUUGGGAUUCCGGAUGCUAUUAUACAGCAGGAGAGGAAGUUUAUGAAUGGGGAUGGAUAUAAGAAUAGAGAUGAGGGAGUCAGUGUUUAA